AUGCGCCUUCAUCACCUGCUCCACAUCUGUUUUCUUAUCAGCGUUUGUGUGGCUGUCAAUAGAGAUAACUUCAAGACAUGUAAACAGAGCUCGUUCUGUACCCGACAGCGCGGAUAUACACCAGAUGCUGCUUAUAAAAUAGCUCCUGAGAGUAUUAAGAUUGCGGACCACGGAAUCUCAGCAUAUUUGGCCAAAGCAGAAGGCAACCAGACACUUGAAAUAUCCAUAGGAUAUUUAGCCUUUUCGACGUUUCGUGUUACGAUUGACGAGGUCAAUGCUGAGCGCAAACGUUAUCGUCUAUCUGCCGGUGAUGCGUUACGGCUAGAUCCGAAGCUGUAUCCAGUAAAAGUGGACCGAACCAGUGACAGUGUGGUACUGUCUGGAAGCAAAAAUGAGAAAAUGGUGAUGAACUUUGACCCGUUUUCUGCUGAUUUCUUUCUGGACAAUGUUCUUAUCGAACCCGCCAAAGCAACUACAGAAUCCAAUCUGGAAAAUACCUUACCCGAGGACACACAGAAUUCAGAGAAUUUAGAGAAUUCAGAGCCCCAUGAAUCUUCGGAUGAUGUUGACUUCCUUGGUUUCGUCCACGCUUAUGGUAUUCCCGAACAUGCGGAUAAUCUGGUGUUGAAACCCACUGAUAAAGGUGAUCCUUAUCGGUUGUACAACUUGGAUGUGUUUGAAUACGAAUUAGACAGCCCCAUGGCUCUUUACGGCACGGUCCCUUUGCUUUGGGCGUUGAAUCCAAAUCACACCAUCGGAUUGUUUUGGCAUAAUCCGAGUGAGACAUGGAUUGAUAUUCAGUACUCGGAACAUCCGACUGAUGGAUUCCUGGCCAAAUUGCCACGAUUGUUCUCAAAACCAGAAAGUUACGUAAAAACUAGAUGGAUGUCUGAAUCUGGUGUGAUUGAUGCGUUCGUCAUACUCGGGCAUGCACCGUCAGAUGUCACGCGUGCUUAUGCACACUUGACGGGGACCACACCGUUGCCUCCGUUGUUCGCUCUUGGUUAUCAUCAAAGUCGGUGGAAUUACAAUGACCAAGAUGACGUUCUGACCGUGGACCAGCAGUUCGACGCGCACAAAAUACCGGUAGAUGUGAUUUGGUUGGAUAUCGAACAUACCGAUGGAAAACGCUACUUCACUUGGGAUCAGUCCAAAUUUCCGAAUCCCAGUGAAAUGGUUGACAAAUUAUUGGCAAAAGGUCGAAAACUGGUCACCGUUGUAGACCCGCACAUUAAGAAAGAUUCCGGUUGGAAUAUCUAUAAUGAUGCUCAUGCAAAGGAUAUACUGGUGAAAACGCACGAUGGAGCUGAUUUCGAUGGUUGGUGCUGGCCCGGAUCCAGUGUGUGGCCUGAUUUUACAAGUCCUCACGUUCGUCGGUGGUGGUCUGAAAUGUUUUUGCAAUAUGAGCCCAAACAGAGCAACUCUGUGUUCAGUUGGAAUGAUAUGGGUGAACCGUCCGUGUUCAAUGGUCCCGAAGUGUCAAUGCACAAGGAUGCAGUUCACGCUGGAGGUUGGGAGCAUCGUGAUGUGCACAAUAUAUACGGUCUGUAUAUACAUCAAGCCACGUGGGAAGGACAUUUGUUGCGUUCUGGUGGCAAGGAGAGACCGUUUGUUUUGACGCGAGCGUUCUUCGCCGGAUCCCAACGAACGUGUGCUGUGUGGACCGGGGACAAUACAGCCGAUUGGGGUCACUUGCGAAUGUCGAUUCCAAUGUCCCUGUCUCUGUCCAUUAGCGGUAUCAUCUUGACCGGUGCGGAUGUGGGCGGGUUCUUCGGAAAUCCGGAUAAUGAAUUACUGACCCGUUGGUAUCAGGCUGGUGCAUAUCAGCCAUUUUUCCGCGCUCACGCUCACAUGGAUACAAAACGACGCGAGCCGUGGCUAGUUCCGGAACCCUAUCUUCACACGAUCCGUGAUGCCAUUGUGACACGGUACCAGUUACUUCCCUACUGGUACACAAUGUUUGCUCGUGCGGAAGCGGACGGUCAACCCGUCAUGGCUCCAAUGUGGUAUCAUUUCCGUCACUUGGAGAACACUUACAAUUUGGAGCUGCAGUACAUGAUCGGUGAGGCCGUCCUCGUUAGACCAGUGACCACAAGCGGUGCAAGCUCUGUGGAUGUCUAUCUCCCGCCGGGUACCUGGUAUCAUUUCCCUACUCUUCAGGGAGAAGGCACAAUCUCUUUUCCUGUCGAUUUAUCUGUGAUCCCGGUGUUCUAUCGUGGAGGUUGGAUUAUCCCACGUCGUGAACGUGUUCGUCGUUCUUCGUGGAAAAUGAGGGACGAUCCAUUCACUCUAUACGUGUGCCUUGACCCAACACUUAGCGAGGCGCAUGGGUUUUUGUACUUGGAUGAUUAUCACUCCAUUUCUCGCGAAACGGCUCGUUUCUUCCGUAUUAUCUAUCAUGCCAAUUCGGACCCAGUAGUCAAAGGUCCAGCCGGAGGUCAUCUCCGUUUCGAGAGGAUUCCCGUUCCAGGGACUACCGUUUUGCCCGAUCGAGAUCCGGCCACAUCGAGUCCAGUGCCCCAAAUCGAACGUAUUGUGUUUGUCGGUCUGUCUCACGAGAUCGAACGAGUAACUGUGAUUGAGCGUUCGGGAACUCGCCGAUCGGUGGAAUUCACUCAAGACCCGGACAGUCAAUCUGCCGACCAACGAUAUUUCGGUUCGUUACGUUUUGGUGUGCUUGUGGUUCGCCAGCCGCUUGUGAAUGUGGCCGAUGAUUGGGAAUUGCAUUUGGUCACGGGGACUGAGAUGAAGGGAGAUCUAUAA